AUGGCCAAGCACCAUCCCGAUCUAAUCUUUUGCCGGAAACAACCCGGGGUUGCUAUUGGUCGACUUUGUGAUAAAUGUGAUGGAAGAUGUGUGAUCUGCGAUUCCUUUGUACGACCGGCUACACUUGUUCGCAUCUGUGAUGAGUGCAACUACGGAAGUUAUCAGGGACGAUGUGUGAUUUGCGGUGGCCCUGGAGUGAGCGAUGCUUAUUAUUGCAAAGAAUGUACGAUUCAGGAGAAGGAUCGUGAUGGGUGUCCCAAAAUCGUCAAUCUCGAAAUCAAAAUGGCGAAGAAUAUGAACAACACGUCAUACCGGAAACUGGAUGUGGAUGCGCUCGACGAUGAGCGAUAUGAUGAGGAUGAAGGUGCUGAAUCGGCGGCUCUUGGACCUGAUGAGCGUUCUGUUCAAAGUUAUCUACAAACUUCACGACUCACCGAUGCUCUUCAUGCCGCUCUCACAAAUCCACCGUUGACCACGAAGAAUCAGCAAAUAAAAGAUCGCUCGACGUUACUUGUUGCUAAGGUGCUGCAAGCGUUCAAAACUGCGGAAAUUGAAGGGGCGAUUAAGGUAUUAUCGGAAGACGAGGGCGAUCUUUUGAUGAAAUACGUUUACAAAAUAAUGGAAAUCAAUCAGGAAAAUGCUGUUUGUGCGUCAACGCUUUCUUGGCAUGCCCAGCUUGUCGCCCGGUUUGGACUUGGUUCAAUCAUACGUGUGCUCAGCGAUCGUCGACGUCUU